AUGAACUGGUAUAAUACUGUAAUCGUGGAGAAGGUGUCUGGGUCUCAGAUUGUGGACAUUGACAAGAGGAAGUAUUUGGUGCCCUCUGACAUCACGGUGGCCCAGUUCAUGUGGAUCAUCAGGAAACGCAUCCAGCUGCCCUCGGAGAAGGCGAUCUUCCUCUUCGUUGAUAAGACCGUGCCUCAGUCCAGCAUCACCAUGGGACAGCUGUACGAGAAGGAGAAGGACGAGGACGGCUUUUUGUACGUGGCGUACAGCGGAGAGAACACCUUCGGUGUCUAGACCCACCUUCAUCAUCAUCAUCAUCAUCAUCAUCAUCAGCCUUACUUACGACAGAAUACAACACCUGGCCACACCCCACCCACCACC